ACUCUAGAUGAUAACACAACAAAAUAUCUACUAUCUUUUAUAAUUAUUAUUAAUUUAUUAUUAAUUCGUGUGUAGUAUUUAAUUUUUUACCGCUAAACUUAAAAAUAUGUUAUUAUGUUAAACUCCAACAAAAAAUAACAUUUGUCUCAUCCGUAAAAUCGUAAUACUUGUUUGCUGAAAUUUUGUUAAAAUGAAAAACAAAUUUGACCUGGACUUUAAUGUACUCUGUAGGCUUUGCCUGCACAAAGGGCCUGAACUGCGUCCGAUUUUCGAUUGUGAUUUUUCUUACCGUAUCGAGUCGUGUGUUGGAAUAGUAAUACGGCAGUGUGAUCUUGGGCCAGUCCAUAUGUGCGUCAACUGUCUGAGUAAUUUAGAAAAUUGGGAAGAAUUUAAACAAAAAUGUAUAUCUUCCAAUGAAUGCAUUCAAAACUGCAUCAAGCAGUUGGAAGAAGAGAAACUAAAUUUGACUGUAGAUAAUUCUAUUAAGCUCGAAGAACAACUAGAAAUAGAUGAACAGGAAGAUAUUCAUGACAGUACGUUCAACAACGAAUUUAACAAUCAAGACUCUGAUAAUGAUUCGUCAAAAUCUAAGUCGCCCAUUUUACUAACAACACGAGAAGUCUACUCGAGAGCUGUUAAAAAAGAAGGGAAGACUUUUGAAGUGGCAAAUACUAAAACAUCCAAUAAGAAAAAACGAUACGGGUGUGGAAUGUGUUCUAUAGAUUUCACGGAAAAAGAAACACUGUACAACCAUUUAAUAGACUUCCACAAAUUUGAAGACAAUAACACCCCACAUUACUGUCUAAUAUGCAAUAAAGGAUAUUGUAACUAUUCACUUUAUCAAAACCAUUUGGCUACUGAACAGGAUAUUCAUGGAUCCAUUCAAAUUCAGGAUAAAAUCAAAGACUGUACAAUUGGUUGUGGACUAUGUACUUGUAAAUUCAGCCGGUCGACUAGUCUCUAUCGUCAUCUCAGAAAUCAUGCAUUGAAAAAAGACCUUAUGCCUCAUUUGUGUUCAUUUUGUCAAGUGGGAUUUCUUGACACAUACAGUCUUUACUUGCAUGCAUCAACCGAACAUCACGCUGCAUCAGUCACUGUAAAUGAACCAAAAAAAGAAUGUUCUGACCUGACAACCAUUCUUAACCAAGGGGGAGAAUUAUCUGGCAAGAUGACUAUGGCCAACGACACUGCAGUUGAUGAUGAGUACAAGGACAACAAAUAUGCGAUCACUACCAAGCGUAAAAUCAAAAAACUCAACACACUGGAGGACAAGCGUGCAAAGUAUCGAGAACACUACAGGCGAUUCCAGUCAAAGACAUACGCAUGUGAAUUCUGCGACGUCGCCUAUUCCCGGUUCUGUGAUUUGUUUAACCAUGACCGUACAGCCCAUGAUGACAUGCCCAAAGAGUUCAGCUGCCCCACUUGCGGCAAACUGUUCCUGACUGACAGCCGGCUACAGAUCCACCGGAAUGCGUUCCAUGCAGAGAAGGCGUUUAGCUGUGACGUGUGCAACGUGCGGUGCAAGUCUAAGCACACGCUGCGUACACACAUGCGCAAGCACAGUGGCGUGUUUACCUGCACACACUGCGGCCUGACAACAGCCAGCAACGCGGCACUUGUGUCACAUGUGCGCAUACACACUGGCGAGAAGCCAUUUGUGUGCGAUCUAUGUGGCAACUCAUACGCAUCCAAGCUGGGGCUUACGUCACACAAGCGCACCCACCAGCAGGAGGCACUGUUCAAGUGCAACGUGUGUGGGUACACGGGUUCCAGCCAUAGUUCCAUAUACAUACAUAGGCAGACGCACAACUCAGACAAACCAUUUGUGUGCGAUGUGUGCGGAAAAACAUUUAAGAUCAAGGUGCGGUUGGUUGACCAUCAGAAGAUACACUUCGCAUCCAAGAACUAUGUAUGUGAGGUGUGCAACAAGGCUUUCCUGGCCCGGUACCAACUAGUCCAGCACUCGCGUACCCACUCGGGUGAAAAACCAUUCCAGUGUCAUUUGUGCACCAAGGCGUUUGCCCGGCGAGAUGGGCUGUCAGAACAUAUCAGGACACACACAGGCGAGAAACGGUAUACAUGCACAGAAUGUUUUCGUACAUUUUCGUUCUACAAGAGCAUGAAGAAUCACAAGUGUUUAGUGGCGACCAGCGGUGGUGACGAUGAUGAUGACAAUGGUGAUAUGGAUAACAUCCGCAACACUAGUGAGGUAGAGACAACGACAGAUCCAAUGCCUUCCACCGCACUGCGAAUGACCACUGAAGACAAUGAGUCCACAUUGGAACAAUCUUAUCGAUCUACUGUUGAAGUCGAUAACAGCGGCAGUGGUAUUCCAGUGUUUCCCGUCAGCUGGACACCCAGUUAGGAACUUCUUAGUGAACUAUUUAAUUAUAAAUUUAUGUAAAUGUUGGGUAAUAUUCCAAUUCAUGUUCAUGGUCUGACUAGCUAUAAUAACCCAUUUUUUGAUUUAAAUCUUCCUGGCUUUACUAAACAAUUUCUAGGCCUGAAAUAUUGUGCAUUUGUGCCAGUCUGCCCCUGGCUGUCUGGUAGUGAUAAUUAGUUGAUACUACUUUUUCAAUUUAAUGAGUUACUAUUUUUUUUUU